AUGCUUCCCUCCAGAAGCAGAUGUUUGCUGCGAUACUUGCAGAAAUGUCGUGCUCUGCCAGAGUUUUGGCCCACACCUUGCGACAGCAGCAGAUUAAAUGAUGACAGCAAAGGUACAUAUGGCUAUAGUGGAAGUUUCGCUGGAUUAUCCGGAGAUUUAAGCUCUUUAAGGCAUAGAUAUGCAAGGGAUAGUUCUGGAUAUACGAGAAGGUAUGGUUCAGUUGCUCAGGAAAAGACUUUAUUUGGGCUUUUGGCAACGUCCCCCUCCGACCUCCUCAAACUCUCGAAUUUGGUAAUUAAAGAGUCUCAGGAUGCUAUAGACAAGCUCUUGGUAGAUGUAAAUCCUUCUGGAAUUGUCUCUAAAAGGGUUCUGACUGUUAUUGAUGACAUUUCAAACUCGCUCUGUCUAAUUGCAGAUCCCUCGGAACUGCUAAGACAUGUACACCCAUCUGAAGAAUGGAGAAUGGCUGCAAAUUCGUCCGUAGAGAACAUUUCAGGGUUCAUUGGAGUAGUAAAUAUUAACGAGAAAAUUUACAAAAUACUCACCGACAACUAUUCAAAGGAUCUUGAGAAGCUAACAGAGGAAGAAAAUCUCGUUCUGAAGCACAUGAUAAAUUCCAUGAAACAUCAAGGAGUAGGACUGCCUCAGGAACAAAGGGAUGAGUACCUACGUCUACAACAGGAAGAGUUUACACUUUCUUUCGAGCUAUCGGAUACCAAAUCUUUAAAACUUGAGAGCACUGUAGCUCCGAAUGGAAAUGUUAUUCCCCCUGAUCCACAGCUCUUUAUCCACAUCUUGAGAAACUCUGACAAUGAAGAACUAAGGACGCGAGUUUGGUACGCUCAAAGAUGCAGUAAUGAAGAAUCUCUUGCUAAAUUACUCAGGCUCCAAAAUGUGCGCACAGAACUUGCAAAGAUAAGAGGAUUUGAUUCCUUUGCAUCCUGUGCUUUGAGGGAAUGUAUACUUAGUACACCGAACCAAGUUAACACAUUCCUCUGUAAUCUAUACUCUACAAUAGAGGAUAAACUAAAUGCCGAGAUUAAGGAAUUGCAAGAACUGGUUGGUCAUGGAAGACACCUCAUGCCUUGGGAUGUCGACUUUUUGAUAUCAAAAGUAAAGGAUGAUUCAAAAGUGUCUAUAAAUAUCGCAACUAUUCUAGAAUAUUUUAAAAGACUAAUGUCCCGACUUUUUAACGUCGAUAUCGUAAAAACCAAUGAGUCCCUUUGGGAUAAUUUGGUGGCAAAAUAUGAUAUUGUUGAUUCGAGUGGGCCAAUCGCACAUCUUUAUUUGGACCUAUUUGAACGCCCAAACAAAAUUAAUACAUGCGCUCAGUUUACGAUUAGGUGUUCAAAGUGGAAUGCGUAUAGCAAUUCCGGAUUGGAACAAUGGAAUGCUGAUUUAUCUGAAAUAUAUCCCAAAAUAAUGAAAGAAUCAGCUUUAUUUUCAAAGGAUGGGAUUUUGCGUCAAAUUCCAGCGACGGUUGUUGUUUGCAGUUUUCAUAAUUCAGCGCAAGGAAAAACACCCGAAGAAUCUUACAUGGAAUCAAAGGUUGAUUUAAUUGCCGGUCAGACGCUAUUCCAUGAAUUGGGUCACACUGUACAUGCACUGUUAAGUGAGACCAAGUUUCAGCACCUUGCAGGAAAUAGAGGCAGUGUAGAUUUUGCCGAGUUCUCUUCUCACCUGUUUGAAAUUUUCUAUGCAAAAGGUGUUGAGGAAAUGUUAAAUAUUGAGGGUCUUGGAGAGGAUGUCCUUUGCAAAGCAAAGGUACACCUGUACAAAUUCCAAGCAAUUGAAGCUGCACGAAUGAUCUUUGCAUCGCUCUUGGACCAGAAAUUUUAUGGUGAAGCCGUGUAUGAUUUAAAAUAUUGGCUAGAGAUGGAGAGAGGAUUUUCGUUCCAACCAUUUGAGAAGCCUUCAGACAAACGAAAAUUAGGAAAAGGACAAAAAUUCAUAGAAGUGAAGUCGUGGGAACUAUUAGGAGUACCGGCUCUCACAAAUUUCGAGCAUUUGAUACACUAUGGAGGAAAUUACUUUUGCUACCUCUACUCCAGGAUCCUUGCUGGAAAGGUCUGGAACAGUUUUAGUGGAUUAGACGAUGCGGAAAUUGGGAAGAGAUUGCGCAACUUUUUUAAAAACGGCUCAAUUGAUGCUUCCUUGGCCCCGUUAUCAAAACUGUCAGGCGUUGACCUUCAUACCCUUCCAGAAGAGCUGUUUAUUCAGCCAUAA